GGUUUUCUGGCUCACGCUUUCCCUCCAUUUGAAGGCAUCGGUGGUGAUGCCCAUUUUGAUGAUGACGAGAAGUUCCUCUACAGAUCUCCUCACAGUGAGGGUUACAAUUUGUUCCUGGUGGCUGCCCAUGAGUUCGGACACUCUCUUGGGCUCGAACAUUCCCAGGAUCCGGGUGCACUGAUGUAUCCCACCUACGUUUACAGAGACAUCGAUACCUUUGUCCUCCCUAAAGAUGAUGUCGACGGAAUCCAGUAUCUUUAUGGCCCAAACUCUGAUGGAACAGGUCCAAAACCCCCACCACCAGUUACCCCAAACAAAUGUGAUCCCAAACUGGUCCUGGAUGCUGUCACCAUGCUCCGCGGUGAGAUCAUGUUCUUCAAAGGAAGCUUCUUCUGGCGUAGUUAUCCUCUGAGUAGAAACGUUGAACAGCAUCUCAUCAAAAGCUUCUGGCCUCAGAUUCCAGAUCAUAUCGAUGCAGCAUUCGAGAGUACAUUUGAGGACAAAGUCUUCAUUAUCAAAGGUGAGAAGGUGUGGGCUCUCUAUGGCUACGAUGUGGUACGGGGAUAUCCCAAGAGUCUCAGCAUGUUCCGUUUGCCAAAAAAAGUGAAGAAAGUCGACGCAGUCCUCUACGAUGAGACCAGCUACAAAAUCCUGUUUUUUGUUAACAACAAGAUUUAUAGUUACAAUGAGGAGCAACGCAGAAUAGAGAAAGGUUAUCCUAAACCGGUGGAAGAAGUUUUCCCUGGAAUGACUGGCAAGGUGACCGCUGCCUUCCAGUUCAAAGGUUUCAACUAUCUCUUCAGUGGAUCAAAGAUGUUUGAGUUUGGAGCCUACAACAGAAAGCUGCUCCGUGUCCUGAACAAUAAUUAUUUCCUGCCCUGUUAGUCAGUUCAAGUUGAGUUUCUCUUUAAAGCUCAGCAAACUACUGCCUGCAUGAAGGAGAAUCUGACCUGUCAGUGUUUUUAAAGUAAAUUAUUAAUUAAUGUAUUAAUUGUAUAACUUAUUUUACAGUAAAGUAUUAUUUGCAACACAAGAACAAAACAAAACAUGUCCUA